CAGCCAAGGAAGAGGCAAAGGACGUCAUGAUGGUGGCUGGCGGUGGAGGUGUUGUGCGCGGUGCUGGCGGCGGGCCGUGGCCGUGGCCGUUUGUUUGGUUUGAUGAGGAGUGGAAGCGGGCUGCGAAUGGCCCUGUGAUGGAGCGGAUUCGCGCUGGAGACCGGCCGUGGGCCGAGGUGGCCGUGGUUGGACUUGUUGGGCUGCUGGUGCUGUACUUUAUUGUGAAGCAAGUGGCGGAGUUUAUGGCGCAGUUUGGCGAAGGCGGCAGCGACUUUGUGCACGGCACGGUUCCCAUGCCCGGCAACGAGCACGGCAACGGACACGGCAAUGGGCACGGCAACGGACACGGCAAUGCCGUCGUCGGUGGGGAGGAUGGUGCAGUGGUCUCCAGCGCGCGAACCAGCGUCUCCUCUGCGCCGUCCCUGGCAUCUUCCUCUGACAGCCACAAGCUCAAGCAAUCAUGACCAUACCCACAAGCACCAUGUUUUUGCUGGUUUGUCCUUUGAUACAGUUUAUCUCCACGGUGAAUAGGAGCUCGUUGUUGAGCCCUUGUUCAAUGUGCUACAUAUUUGCUGAUCUCAACAGCCUGUCUGCUUUCGCGCUUCAUCCCCACACAAACACACACCUCUGGAUUGGCAAUCGUCUUGCUUGUUGUGCGCUGGUUGCUUGCUGCAGAAUUUGUUACCGUGACUGCUCUCUUGGCCAAAGCCACCACAUUAAAUUACAAAGUAAUCGAA